AUGUUCCUUCUCCUUGCACUCUUCGCUGAGCUCGGAAGGCUGCAAGCCCACCUGGAUUCUGAAAAUAUAUUUGUGCAUGUCACCAUUCCACAGAAAAUAAUUUCAAAUGAGAGUGAAGUUUCAGAAAGAAAGGUGAUUUAUGACAUUACAAUUGGUGGAAAACCAUACACUCUGCAUCUCAGAAAAUACUCAUUCUUAUCUCAGAACUUUUUGGUUUAUACAUAUAAUGAAACUGAGUCUUUUCAUCCUGAGUCUUCAUGUUUUAAGAUGCACUGUCAUUACCAAGGACAUGUUGCAGAAUUUCCAGAUUCAUCUGUGACACUCAGUCUAUGUUCUGGACUCAGGGGAUUUCUUCAGUUUGAAAAUAUCAGCUAUAGAAUCCAACCACUUGAAACUUCAGCAAGGUUUGAGCACAUAAUUUACCAAGUGAAAAGUAAUAAUGCAAAUGUAUCAAAGUUAACAGAAAAUUACAGCAAUAUUUGGCAGAAUGGCCAGCCCUAUAAAGUUCAUUUAAGUUCACAGGUAACUAUCAUGAGUCUGAUGUUAUGA